UCAAAAUCAAUAGUUUAUUUUUGAUCCUGCAACUUUUUUUAACAAAUUCUUAAUAAGCAAAAGAAAGCAACGCCGAAAAAUGCAACCUUGUCUGUCUUGCGUAGCAGACUAUGUAGAAACCAGAACUUCAAGUAAUAACCAAAAACAGCUAAUAAAAGAAGAAAUGGAUAGAACCAGAGAAAUCCAAAAAAGUACAGACCAAUCUGAACAAGUAAUACAUGGAGAUUCUUACGUUAUAGAAAGAAUAUGGAAAAACGCUUUUCAAAAGGCUAAAUUAGGCAAGAACCUCAAAGUUAUACCAACAGUGCAUGCAACCAAAGAACCAGAUAAACCACAAAGAAAUACCCUGAGAGUAAUAGACCAAGCAUCAAAUAGAGAUCUUUACAUUAUUGAAAGAAUAUGGAAAAACGCUUUACAAAAAGCUCAGUUAGGAGCAAAUUUCAAAGUAGUUCAUGCAACCAAACUACCGAAAGCAACAGAUCAAUACAAUAUAGACCAAGCAUUAAAUGGAGACCUUUAUAUUUUAAAAAGAUUAUGGAAAUCUUUGCAAAAAGUUCUAUCAGGACACUUCAGAGUGAUAUCAGAAGUGCAUACAGUCAAACAAUUAGAAGAACCACAAAAAAAUAAACCACGAGCAAUAGACCAAGUAUUACACGGAGAUCUUUACAUUAUAGAAAGAAUAUGGAAAGGUGCUUUAGAAAAAGCUCAAUUAAGCAAGAACCUCAAAGUACUACCAGAAGUGUAUGCAAUCAAACAACCACAAGAACUACACAGUAAUACACCAAAAGCCAACCAAGACAAUAUAGACCUUUACAUAAUAGGUAGAAUAUGGAUACAUGCUUUACAAAAGGCGUUGUUAGGAGCAAAUUUCAAUGUAAUACCAGUUGUUCACGCAGCCAAACAACCAGAAACACCACAAAAACCUCCGAAAAUGAAAUACACAGACCUACCGAUAUACCAGUCCCCACAUUACGAAUAUAAAGAAUAUAUUGAAGACAAAGACAAAUGCCCUGAAAGAAACACAAAGUUAUUACAAAAAUUUCUACUACCAUAUACAAAGAAAUAUAGAAAGAUUGCUCAAGAAAAUUUGUGUCAAGCAAAAUGCAUUGUAAAUAAGUAUUGUGUUAAUACCUGUGCAUGUGUUAAAAAAGCUAAGAAUGAUUUUAAAGCAACCAUGAGAGAUCCAGAUAAUUUGACAGUCAGACAAGCUGUGGUUGGUGUUGGAACUCUCACAGGAUAUUUAUUAGGUGGCGGAGGUGGUUUACCUCGUAGAUUCUUCUUCACCAGUAUCGGUUUUCUGACAACGGGAGCGCUAUGCUUUCCCAAGGAAACAGAUGAAGUAUUCCGAUCUUUCACUUACAUGGUUGCGAAGGCGGUGUUAUCAAUGUAUAAUAUGGCGUGCAGUAAAAAUGCAGAUUUGAGAGAGAGGCUCGCUUGUAGGGAGGAUUUGCCUCCGCCGCCUCCCCAAAGAAAACCUCUACAAUGUCCUCCGAAGAAAUAGAAUUUGGAAGUAAUCUUUUAAAAAUAUUCUAUAAAAAAAGUGUCCUCACCGAGUUUAUACUUAGGCUGAGAUUUAUAGAGCGUACUUUGACUUUGCUCAGAAUUAAGGCCGAUUCACACCAAGCACGUACACGUGACACGUGCGUAGUGACGCGCGUAAGCCCCUAACACAUCGGGUUACGCAUACGCCCACGCUUUACGCAAGCAGUGUGCCAUGUUUCAUACAGUUUCAUACAUUACAACGCUAUGGUACGCGCUACGUCUACGCUUACGCAGCCUGUGUGAACGAGCUAUUAAAAAAUCGGUGC